AGGGAUGGACGAUCACCCGUGUGUGAACGGCAGCACCAACUGCUCGUCGGGCUCGUACUCGGCCGUGGACGGGGCGGCGGACACCAUCCCCCGGUACAUCGGGCUCUUCUUCAUGCUGCUGCUGGACCUGGCCGCCGUGCUGGGGAACGUGGCGGUGGCCGCUGUCAUCCUGAAGACGCCCCAGCUCCGGAAAUUCCUGUUCGUCGUGCACCUGUGUAUUAUAGACACGUUAGCUGCCAUGACGGUCAUGCCGCUGGGGAUGGUGGCCAGCUCGGGCAAGGUGGCGUUCGGGGAGACCCUGUGCCAAGCCUACAUCUCCUUGGAGGUCUGCUUCAGCAGCGCGUCCAUCCUCACCGUGUCUGCCAUCAACAUCGAACGCUAUUAUUACAUCGUGCAUCCCAUGAGAUACGAAGUCAAGAUGACCUUGGGUCUGGCCAUCUCGGUCCUCAUCUUCAUCUGGCUGCAGGCGUCAUUAACGUCCACGGUGCCCUUCCUGCCAUCGGCCGGCACUGGCUCCAACAAUGCCAGCCUGGUGAACGCCACUCAAUGCUCCUUGCAGAGGAAUGCUGGGGGACACAAGAAAGUCUUCGUGACGUUCUUCGUCUUGGUGUAUUUUGUGUUGCCUCUUGUCAUCAUAGUGACUGUCUACUGCAAUGUCUUCAAAGUGGCAAGGAUAGCUGCCAUGCAGCAUGGACCUCUACCCUCCUGGGCAGCAAGUCCUCGCCCCAGGUCCAAUUCCACUGGCAGCAGAACCAACAUCAUGCCAGGGAACAGGUCCCAUAGAGGCUCACCAGACAGGACGUUAGGGGGGGCGAAAGCAGCCUUCACCCUCAUGAUCAUCGGUGGACAGUUUGUCAUGUGCUGGUUCCCCUAUUUUGUGUAUCAUGUGCAAAAUGCCCUGGAGAGCAACUCUUACAAAGCAUCUGGAGGCAAGUGGGAGAACAUAGUCAAAUGGCUGGCCUACACCUCAUUCACAGUCAAUCCCUUCUUUUAUGGCUGUCUCAACAGGCAGAUUCGAACUGAACUUGCCAGGAUCCCCAAAUGUUUCUUGAAGCAGUCUUUGGAUGAACAGUUAGGCCUCUCUAGCCAUGAGGGGUCUGUAGAGGAGAACUUUCUUCAGUUCCUUCAAAGAACUAGCUGUGUGGUGGACAGAAGAAACAGCUUCCCCACCUCUACUGCUUCUAGGCUGCUUGUCAAUCAAAGUACUUUAAGUUUUCGAAUCCCAGGGCAAAUUCUGGAAGAAACCCCAGAGCUGAUGGAGCAAGAUUCGUCGGAGGGGUUCAAAAGUAUACAGAUGUGUACUAGGCAAGGAAACAGCCUAGCACCAACAAAGUGAACCCAACCUCUUGGUGACUUUUAAUAUUUAGAAUUGAUUGAUCAUUUGGCCAAAUGUGUCCCAUGUUGAAAUGAAUAGGCUUAUUAAUUGACAUAAAGAGCAGUGUGCAAAGUGCAGCAUCCAUAGUACCUAACCAAAAAUAAUAUUUGACAAUGUUACU